GCUGUCUUAUUUCUCCCUUUCCUCUGUCUUCAACAAUAGCCAGCUCUCUGUUUCACAAUUUUCCUCUCUGUAUAUCUCUUACCAUUAUUCCCUUCUCUCUCUCUCUAAAUACUAUUCAAACAUUUCUCUCUCUAAAAACCAUUCUACAUUUCUCUCUCUUCACAUCUCAGAUCUGAAUCAGACAACAUUUGAGGGGUGCAGAAUUUACAGAGUAUCGGGCUGCUAAGCAUACAAUAUCAGAAUGAAGAAAGCAUUUGAUCAAACUGUGCGGGACAUCAAGAGAGAGGUGAAUAAAAAGGUUCUUAAGGUCCCUUCAAUAGAACAAAAAGUUCUAGAUGCGACUAGCAAUGAGCCCUGGGGUCCUCAUGGAUCACUUCUUGCAGAUAUCGCUCAGGCUACACGGAACUAUCAUGAGUACCAAAUGAUUAUGUCUGUGAUCUGGAAGCGUAUCAAUGAUACUGGAAAAAAUUGGCGGCAUGUUUACAAGGGUUUAACUGUUUUGGAAUAUUUGGUAGCCCAUGGGUCUGAACGUGUCAUUGAUGACAUACGGGAACAUGCUUACCAAAUAUCUACAUUGUCCGAUUUUCAAUAUAUCGACUCCAGUGGGAGAGACCAGGGAAGCAACGUCAGAAAGAAAUCUCAGAGCCUUGUGGUUCUUGUUAAUGAUAAGGAGAGAAUUCAGGAAGUUCGCCAAAAGGCAGCUGCUAAUAGGGACAAGUAA